GCCAUUUUAUGUGUUCAGUCAAGAAUGUGAGUUUGGGUGGAGAGCCAUGCGGUUGCACCGGAGCCGGCAAGCAAGCGCAGCGAGCGCGCUGGUGAUCGCAUUCUGUGCAGCCGAGGCCUUCGUGUCUGGCUCUUUGGGGAAGGUUAGACAAGUCGGCAGAAUAUGUCGGUGGAGUGCUGAGGAACUCUAUGCCCAGGGCUUUUCUUUGCUGGAAUCUGGGUCUGACCUGGCCAAAGGCAUUAGGUGUAUGCAGCAGGCAUCUGAGCAGGGCUUUGCACCGGCGGACACCGAGCUGGGGACGGCCUAUGCGCAGGGGAUGUUUGGCUUGCCACAAGACGUGGAAAAAGCCAGAUACUUCCUGGAACGGGGUGCUGAGGGGGGCGAUGUGACCGCACACUUCAAUCUGGGCGUCCUAAAGGUCAAGGGCAAGCUAGGCUUCCCGCAGGACAAACGGGCCGCUGCAAAGCACUUUCGCAUUGCAGGGGAGGCCGGUCAUCGGAAUGCCCUCAUGAACCUCUCCAGGAUGUUCGCUACGGGAGAUGGGAUUCCACAAGACUCGCAGCAAGCGGCGCAGUGCGUCAUCCAGGCAGCUCAGAAAGGGGAAGACAUGAAGGACCUGCUGGAGAAGAUCCGCUCUGGCACGUUGGACCCAAACACCACCAAUAAGUUACAAGAGGAGAUGGACCGCAUCCGCGAAAGGGCGCAGCAGAUGCCUGGCUUCACGUGAGAGGGCUGAGUGUGCAAGCCAUGGAGACGGCGCGAAGUUCGAAAGCCACAGUUUACCUUGACCUGCUGAUUGGAGGAAAGAUGAAGGGACAAAAAUAGUGUUUCUUCAUGUUUCUUCAUUAUUCGUCUAGAUGGCCGGCCCAUGAAAGACAAAAGGACGGUCGAAUUCUCUUGCAACAAGAGGCAUCCUCGAAGUCGGUUGGUAGAGCCGUAGAAUGUUUCACAGCCAACGAAGUUAGAUAGUUCUUGUUGUGAAA